AUGGCUGAGAUUCGACCCAAGUCUGAGCGAAGCUCCACGGCUGCGGGCCACGCCACGCCAGCCCGUCCCGCGUCCCGCGAUCGACGGUCCCAGACUUCAACAGCUGUCAAAUCCAGAAAGAUUGACCCAUCAAGUCGUCUGCGGGGGGCCGAAGGAUUUAGCGCGAGACUACAAGAUGCGUUGGUGGGAAAUAAGUUGUAA